GUGGCUGCUCUGCCGGAGCACAUCUCGAGGCAACCAGAGGCGACGAUCGCUCCGUCGAUCGAUCCUUCGAUCAUCCGGAUUGGCACCUCGCGCUCUCGCUGCUCGACUGCUCUGCUCUGAUCUGCUCUCCGAGACUCAAAACUCGCUCGCGGGACGAAUCCGAAGCCCAUUUGGUUCUGUUGCAUUGCAGAGAGUGGAUCGGUGCGUUGCAUCCAUUCGUCGAUUGAUCGACUGAAGCCGCAUUCGGGCCCAGCAUGAACACCAUGGCCGCCUCCAGCAUGAGCAUCGGCAGCAUCGCCUCCAAGGUGACGGCCUCGCGCUGCAUCGCGCGGAGCUCGUCGUCCAUCAGACCUCUGGCGCCCGUCGCCGGCGCGAUUGCUCGCUCCUCGUCGACCUUCCUCGGCGCAGGUGUGCAGAGAUUGGCCGGGGCUGCUUCCGUUGCGCCCUCGGGCGCUGUGAGCUGGAGGAGGACCGGCGUGCGGGCUAUGGCCUCGGAGAAGGAGUACCAGGCGAAGGUGACGAACAAGGUGUACUUCGACAUCGAAAUUGGCGGAAAGCCUGCGGGAAAGAUCAUUUUGGGAUUGUUCGGCGACGUGGUGCCCAAGACAGCCGAGAACUUCCGCGCUCUGUGCACGGGCGAGAAGGGUUUUGGCUUCAAGGGUUCAGCUUUCCACCGUGUUAUCAAGGACUUCAUGAUCCAGGGUGGUGAUUUCACCGCGGGCAAUGGCACCGGCGGCAAGAGUAUCUACGGCAACAAGUUCGCCGACGAGAACUUCAAAUUGACCCACACCGGACCAGGAAUCUUGAGUAUGGCGAAUGCCGGUCCCAACACGAACGGAAGCCAGUUUUUCAUCUGCACGGUGAAGACUCAAUGGCUCGAUGGACGUCACGUUGUUUUCGGUCAGGUCAUCGAGGGCCUGGACAUCGUCUCCAACAUUGAGAACCAGCCGACUGAUCGCAUGGACAGGCCAGCGAAGAACGUCGUCAUUGCUGACUGUGGUGAAGUUGUUUGAGCUGGAGAGAUAUUCCUUUAAACAUACACUCAUGUAGAGCUAGAUAGAGCAAGAAGUUGUAAUCGCAGUUGCUGUCACUCGUUUCAUGGCAUCGAGGCUUGGGCUGCUCUGUGCCUUCGACAGUGACCAAUUUUGUCCUCGGAGAAAUUCUUUGAAUAAAAGCGCAGAGAAAGUGGAAUCAGCCCAGGAUGUUAGAGUUCGCAUCUGCUUCUUUGAGUGGUCGCUGUUGAGUGAGUGCUGCUCUCGCUUUUGGGCCUGUCGAGCCUGUGGUUGGCCAAAUUGUCCACAAAGUUUUCAUCCUAAUAAAAUCCUUACAUUGGCCUCACUCUGUCGACAACCUUGCGGUGAGCCAAGUUUUGCUGGCCUCAGCUCUGCACCGUUUUCGUCGCCAGCCAUCUCCGCUUAGAAGAUUACCUCUGCACCGAAUGUGCUUGCUUUUGCAUUUUAAAUUGAAUUUAUCUUUUCUGGAUUCUCAGUGUACUAUGUUUCCACCUCGUUCCUACUCGUUCAAAAGUAAGCUUGUCUGGAACGGCGGCACCUGGUCGAGCUACUGACUAGCACUGAGACUUAGUUUUUCGAGCAGUUGGCACUAGUCAAAACCUCUGUGCCUGAUGGCACAUGCCUGCCGCGUGGGUGGGUGCACACCAAGGUCGUCAACCUGUGCUCACCUUCAUUCCCACUCUUCACUUGUACUCUUCGACUGAGUGCUAGAUUCAUGCAUUCUACUCACUGCAGAGCAUGAGAGCGAGGAUGAUAUACAUUGUUCCCGAGGGUUUAUGGAGGGGUUGGAAGCGGUCAAACUCAGUGUCUGUCAACCCUCAAAUUGUUGCAUCUCCUGGACGUGAUUCACUGUUUGCAGAUUCCAGUCAAAUCCUCCCCACUCCAGGAUCUCACAGGAGAUGAAUUUGAUAUGAAGUACCAUCUCCGUGAGCACUGGGAGCACAUGUUUCAGUCCUUGCUCGAGAUUGUAGAGUCGACAAACUCGUCUUCCCGUUCACUUGCACUCUCGAGUCCCUUAAUCCCUUCGUCAAUCCGCACCGCGUGCAAGCGAAAUUCUGUAUGACCUCUGGGAAAGAGGCUGCAAAAACAAGUCCUGAAAUCUGGAAGAGAGCACGUUGUCGUGACGAUGGCAUUAGAAAGUUCUAGUAUCCGGGGAGUGACAUGUCUGAUUCGAUGCCGUAAACCGCAUCGAGGCUUUGAAAAGGGACCCAGAUUAUAUACAAUAGAUUUCAGACUAAUCAGGGCUUGAAGCCUAGAACAAUCUAUGGCAGGACGCCGGCCAGCAGAGGUUCGGUGUACAGCUCCUCAGAAGCCCAG